AUGAAUAUAGCAGCAAAAGAUGUUGAAGAUCUCCCACCACCGCCAUCAUUUGAAGAAAGUUUUGGGGCUGAACAAGUACCUGAGAAGAUAAGAGAAAUUCAGACCUUAAAUUAUUAUCCGCAAUCUGUUCCAACAAACGUUCCGAUAGAUUUUAUAGUAAAUGAAAAAUCAUCUAUUAGCAAUAUGGACUUUAAAAAUGACAUUAGUAAUAAUAUGAAUCAGAUUAGCAAUAACACGAACAAUAUAAGUCAGAUUAAUAACAAUAUGAAACAAACUAAUAAUAACAUAAAUCAUAUGAAUAAUCAUAACCGAAACCCUAACAAUCGAAACCCUAACCGAAACUCUAAUAACAGAAAUCCAUCUAUUCCAAACAAUCAAAAUCAAAGUCCUGAUAAUAAACGUCAAAGUCCUCCUAUUCAAUAUCAAAGUCCUGUUGUUCAACAACAAAGUCCUGUUAUUCAACAACAAAGUCCUGUUAUUCAACAACAAAGUCCUGUUAUUCAACAACAGAGCCCUGUAAUUCAACAACAGAGCCCUGUAAUUCAACAACAGAGCCCUGUAAUUCGACAACAGAGCCCUGUUAUUCAACAAAAGAGUCCUGUUAUUCAACAACAAAGUCCUGUUAUUCAACUAAAGAGUCCUGUCAUUCACCAAAAGAGCCCUGUUAUUCAACAAAAGAGUCCUGUUAUUCAACAAGAGAGUCCUGUUAUUCAACAACAAAGUCCUGUUAUUCAACAACAAAGUCCUGUUAUUCAACAAAAGAGUCCUGUUAUUCAACAACAGAGCCCUAGUGUUCAAGAACAGAGUUUUGAUAUUCCUGCUGCACAACCAGAUUCAGAUGCCCAAUUUGAUGAAGGAGAAAAAAUCAUAUAUGCGGCACCACAUCAACCGGUAGUCCAAAAACCACCCCCAUCUCCACCACCACAGUAUGUGUAUGUGAACAAUCCUAAUCCACAGCCAAUUUACGUCAAUAACUCAGUCGUAAAUCCUGUUAAUGCAUAUACAAUGCGGCCGAUUGUUCCUCAAAUUCCGUCUGGCAACGUAGUUUAUCUUAAUAAUAAUAAUAUGAUCGGAUCGACACAAAUGCAACCUAAAAUUGUUCCCGUUCUUCCGGUAGCAACACCUCAAUUGGUAAAUCAAAUCCAACCUGUUAAGCAAAAUAUUAUAAAGGUUCAACGGCCAAUUCAACAACCACCAAUUCAAUCAAUUCAACAGCAACAACAAAUUCAAACUAUUCAACAAUCACAAAUGUUUGCCACUUCACCAGCUGUUGUGCCUACAUAUGUGAUUAAUGCAGAUGGAAAAAAUAUAAACCAAUCUCAACAGAUUCAACAGAUGCCGAUGCCGAUGCCGAUGCCACAGCCAUAUCAACAACGAAUUCAACAACAAAAUCUGCCACAAAAUCAACCACUGAAUGUACCAUUAAAUCGACCACUGAAUAUACCACAAAAUCGACCAUUGAAUGGAUCACAAAAUCUACCACUGAACGUGCCACUAAAUCAACCACUGAAUAGACCACCAUAUCAACUACUGCUUCGACCACAAAACCAGCAGAAUCAAUAG